AUGCGUGGUCAAGGAUAUGAUGGUGCUAGCAAUAUGCGUGGUGAAUGGAGUGGCUUACAAGCAUUAUUUCUCAAUGAUUGUCCAUAUGCAUAUUAUAUACACUGCUUUGCUCAUCGUCUUCAAUUAGCUUUAAAUGGUGCAGCUAAAGAGGUAGGACUCGUUUGGAGAUUUUUUUCAAUGUUGAAUAACAUUGUGAAUUUUGUUGGUGCUUCUGCCAAACGUCAUUCUGAGUUAAAAUUAACCCGACAAGCUGAAAUUGAAGAAUUACUAGCUGCUGGAAGAGUUGGGACAGCUAAAGGGGCUAAUCAAAUUCGUUGUUUGCAACGACCUGGAAGUACUUGUUGGGGGUCACAUUUUAAUUCUAUUAGGAGUUUGAUUGAUUUAUUUGGUGCAACCAAGACACUUCUAAUGGAUAUCAGUCAUAAUGGACCUACCUCACAAUUUCGUGGCGAAGCAAAAAGUAUUAAAAUAUCUAUGUUAUCUUUUGACUUUGUUUUUGCCUUGAAAUUGUUGGACAAAACUAUGAGAUUCACUGAUUUUCUUUGUCAAGAACUUCAAAGAAAAUCUCAAGACAUUGUAAAGGCUUUGAAUUUGGUUGCAAGUACAAAAAAGGAGCUCGAUGAGUUGAGAAAUAAUGGGUGGAAUGAUUUUAUACAGAGUGUGCAAUCAUUUUGUGAAGAACAUGAUCUUAACAUGCCUAAUAUGGGUGCCCGUCAUACAAUAGGCACUCGCCGUUCUUGUCAACAAAGAGAUUGUAUCACAGUUGAGCAUUAUUAUCAUAUUGAUGUAUUCAAUGAGGUAAUAAAUUAUCAAUUGGGGGAGUUAAAUACUAGAUUUCCAGAUGAGACUGUGGAACUCCUUUCUCUUAGCUCAGCAUUAGAUCCUCGUGAUGCUUUCAAGCGAUUUAACAUUGAUGAUAUAUGCACUCUUGCUGAGAAAUUUUACCAUUUAGAUUUCGCUACAACUGAGUUGCAUGCUUGA